AUGUCGGACAAGGAAGAACCUCCCCCACCACCACCAAGAAGACCACCGGACCGGCGAACGGGGGUAUUGGACAGGCCUCUCAUGGAGCGGAACCUCUUCGCUCCAGAGAAAUCCCGAAUCAUUCCCCCGCUAAGCCAAAUACCAAGACGUAUUGGCAGUCCACCGCUCUCCAGCGCAGCACUCAUCGCCAGCGGGACAGAGCGUGUAUCCAAUCAAGAAACGGCAAUAACAGCUCGCCAGACUGCCAAAAGAAGAACACCCCCAGAAAUGGGAUUAGACGACACCCAGGAUGAGAAGAGACACAAACAAGGCUCCCGUACACCAUCAUCCGACUCAUCAUCAUCAACCGAGUCUACUCCACCCUCACCAACUCCAGAGAGGGAAAUAAUCAACACCAGAUUCAGCCAACCACCUGAAUCUCCAACCCCAAUAAGAUCCUCGUCCACCAUAAAGAAACAAGAGAGGACACAGGACAACGAAAAUCCCACUCAAGAAAUGGACACCGAACCCAUACCGGGACCAUCUACAGCACCAGGCUCGUACGCGCGCAUAGCAGCCGCACCGAGGACUGCGCAACCAACACCACCCACAACAAGACAAACACCACCUACAGAAGCGCCAACAAUGGCGAAAUAUCCACCAAUCAUAGUGGAGCUGCUGCGAAAGGGAAAUUAUGCAGAGCGUGUGGGUGCCGGCGCUCCGGUGUACCUGUCCGCAGUCAUGGAGUACCUCGCCGCUGAAGUUCUAGAGUUGGCCGGUAACGCUGCUCGGGACAAUAAGAAGACCAGAAUCAUACCGAGACAUCUUCAGCUUGCCAUCCGCAACGAUGAAGAGUUGAACAAGCUCCUCUCCGGUGUGACGAUCGCCCAGGGCGGUGUACUACCCAACAUUCAGGCGGUCCUUCUUCCCAAGAAGACCGAGAAGAAGGCCUAA